AUGAAUAUGUUGGAUGAUGAAGAUGACCAAAGCUUUCACGCUACGCGUGACGGCUACUCCCAUAUGAGCGAUGUCGAAUGGGAUGCGGUUGAACGGAUGGGUUCAACCAUGGGCAUCCAUGCUGUUAGCGUCUUGCUAGAGGCUCUCAAAAGAGAUGCCCAACAUGCUGCUAUCGCCAAGUUCAUUCGAAAUGAACUUGACGCUGAACGCGAGAAAGUAGCCUUGCUUCACCAACAAGGUUCUCAACAAGCAGAGUUGUUGAGAGAACAGGGUGCUCAACAGUUUGAACUGUUGAGACAGCAGCAGGCUGCUGGUGGUGGGUCGAUGCACUCGCGUCGACCCGAAACCUUGAAGAUUGACAUCUCCAAGUAUGAAGGAGUUGAAGAGGACUCCCUCUUGAGAUGGUUCGUCGAAUUAGACGACGCCAUAAGGGCGCGUCGCAUCGACGAUGGGGAAACGAAAGUUGCAUUUGCCCAAUCAAAUCUGGCAGGACGUGCCAAGACUUGGGCACUGUGGCUCAUUUGCACGAACCCUAUGCGUUUGGGUCGUUAG